GUUUGAGCAGCUGCCUUAAGUGUCCACACGUCAGCGUUUUCCAUUAAUGACAUGGUACGCAUGUUUGCAGAGUGAUGUUGAUAAAGUACGAGAAAGCCUUGAAAGCAUAAGUUUCCGUUGUCACUGCAACAGCACCCUUCGUAUGAGAGUCAACGCGAGCCAGAAUACAUGCACAACGGCACAAUACUACAUACCAUGCUCAUUUUUCUGGCGAUCUUCCUUUUGGCGACAAAUCAAGUCUCGACACUUCCAAAUGAUAUCUGCGGACUGCGAAAUCCAUUGUCACGUAUUGUAGGAGGAGAACACGCCAAACUCGGUUCGUGGCCUUGGCAGGUGGAGCUCUUGAUGUUGAAAGGAGACAAGAAAACAUUCGCCCAUCGGUGUGGAGGGACCUUGAUUGAUAAUGAAUGGGUGGUGACCGCUGCCCACUGUGUCUUUAUGUAUCCUUAUCCCACCCAUUACAAAGUAGUAUUAGGACAGAUCAGGCGAGCAGAACUGAAGGACUUAAGUAACAAUUAUGUAUACAGUGUGAAGUGCAUAAAAAUUCACGAAGAUUACAUGGUAAGUGGCUAUGGUUUCGACGUUGCGUUGGUGAAACUGGCCAGACCUGCUAUAUUUGAACCCCGAAAAGUCUGGCCUGCCUGCCUUCCAAGUCAAGGAGAUCGCGUUGACAUAGGGAAAGAAUGUUUUAUUACCGGCUGGGGUAAAACUUCGUUCAACUCUAAAUUUUCCGAGUUCCUUCAAGAAGCCAAGAUUCCGGUUGUCAGCUAUAAGACCUGUGUAGCAGGAAACAUCAAUUUACCUCAAAAAGUGGACAACAUAACCAUGGUGUGCGCUGGUUAUGGGGGAAAUGCUGUGAUCAGUGGCUGCCAUGGUGACAGUGGAGGGCCAUUUGUGUGCCAGGAAUCCGGACGCUGGGUUUUAAGAGGAGCUGUUAGUUGGGGGGACCAUUGGUGCAGGAGUGGAAAAACAUUCUCUGUUUUUGCUCGCAUCAGCACAUUUGUUGACUGGAUUCAGGCCGCUAUGGAGAAAGCAAAUUGUGACGCUGUUGAGCCCAUAGACGGGGUCUGCGAGGAUAACUUGCCGCACUGUGGACAAUGGUUUUCGGAUGGCAACUGCGCAAAUAGGUGGUAUAAAAACUACCUAACGUUACACUGUCCUAAGAGUUGCAAACACUGUACCCAGUCCUGAACAGUCAGCCAGGGUUUGUAAUGCAAACACCUUAACUUAC